UUCGAAGUCCCCAAACGUGGGGCCCGCCAACCGAGAAAGCACAGCAUACAAACUCCUCCACACUCCACUUCCCUAUUUUAUUACAACACCCCCCAAAAAAACCAAACAUUUCGUGUGGCAUCAACACGCAGCUGCCUGCGCCCAAAAUCAUGGCGGGACGCGGCGACCGGAGCUACUGCUAUCGAGAGGCGCUUCCCUUCGCCGCCAUGGUGUCGAUGGAGUGCCUCAACGUCGGCCUCAACACGCUCUUCAAGUUCGCCGCCGACCGCGGCAUGAGCCGCCACGUCUUCCUCGUCUACGCCUACGCCGUCGCCGCCCUCCUCCUCCUCCCCUCCCUCUUCUUCUCCCGCCGCCGAUCGCGAGUUCUCCCGUCGUUGAAUUUCUCUAUAGUGGUGAAGAUUUUCGUGCUCGGAGCCGUCGGGUAUGCUUCUCAGAUAAUGGGGUAUACCGGCAUAAAUUACGGCUCUCCGACGCUGGCUUCCGCCAUGAGCAACCUCGCUCCGGCCUUCACUUUCGUGCUCGCCGUCAUUUUCAGGAUGGAAAAGCUAUCGUUAUCGAGCAGCACCACCCGGGCUAAGCUUGCAGGCACCGUCAUCUCCAUAUCAGGAGCAUUUGUUGUAACAUUCUACAAAGGCCCUAGCAUCAAUCCCUCUUUCUCUUUCUCCUCCUCCUCCUCUCCACCUUCAAUGAACCAACUACUCGACUCGACUCGAUCUGACUGGAUCAUCGGCAGCCUAUUUCUCUCUGUCGAAUACAUGCUCGUGCCCGUCUGGUACAUUCUCGUGACACAUAUCAUGAAAGAAUACCCCUCGGAGUUCACCAUCAUCUUCUUCUACACAUCUAGCGUGAGCAUUCUAGCUGCAGUCGCCGGGGUUUUCGCAGAGCCGGACUCUAGUAAAUGGAUGAUCCGACCUAAUAUUGCUUUGGCCUCUAUUUUAUGUUCGGGGGUUUUCAACUGCUGCAUAAACAACUCUGUUCAUUCAUGGGCCUUGCAUUUGAGGGGGCCCGUCUUCGUCGCCAUGUUUAAGCCGCUCUCCAUCGCCAUAGCCGCAGCCAUGGGAGUUGUCAUCCUCGGCGACACUCUUUUUCUUGGGAGCAUCAUUGGAGCGACGAUAAUAGUAAUUGGGUUCUAUACGGUGAUGUGGGGCAAAGCCAAAGAAGAGUUUGGUGCAUUUGUGAUGGAAGCCACCGAUUUGGAGUCGUCUAUGGAUCAAAAUCAUCCGUUGCUACAAACUUACAAAAUCCAUAACUCGAGGACCUGAAUUUAUAUAUUAUGCACUAGGAAAUUAACAACCAUGUGUAGAUAGUUCUUGCCGUUUGAUUAUUAAGAAGAAUAGUUUCAUGUACAUUGUAUAUAUAUAUAGAUAGAUAUAUAUAUAUUAAUGAGAUUUGGUCACAUUGCAAUAUUUCGAUA